AUGUUUGAGAGGAUGCUGGCGCUCGAAGAGUACACCAAGAAAACACCAUUCGCUCGAGUCAUACUCGUAAUUAUUGGCGUCCCACUUUUUGUGAUCGCUCGGGUUCUGUGUCAAGAAAGCGUUCCACUACAAGAUCCUGCUGACGGCUGGGAAGCAAACUAUGGGUUUUGGGUUCGCGCAGGCUUGGCAGGUGUUGGAAUAGGCAAUGCAGCAUCAAUUCAGAUCGGAUUCUGGCUUGAUGUACCUCCAUUCACAUUAAAUCAAAUUUUGGGAUACUGUACGUUAAUGGCGACUGGGUAUAUCGUGGCUGGGAUGACGUUUGCCAAAUUUUGGGUGUUUCCCAUCCCGUUCUUCAUGUUUAGCCUCUGUUUGGUGACAAUAACUGUCAUUUUGGCAUACAUUAGACUAGUUGUUGGCGCUCAAGGCUUUCGACAGAUAAUGGCUCGUCGUCAGCAACUUGGUCGGCUAAAUCGGGUCGGGACAGUGCAAGCUAUCCUGUUCAUUGUGUAUCCGGCUUACCAAAUGUUGUUCACAAGAGCAACCCGCUCUUGGUACGAAAUCCCAGUACUCAUGAUACUUCCGAUUGUCCGACUGGCGUUAAAGUUGAUGUUGACGCGUGCAGCAGCACAUAAAGAGGACAUGAUUCCUGUUCAAGUUGUGUGA